AUGCCGGUCCCGUCUACCUCUCACUUAUUCGAGGCCGGAUUAAGGCAUUCCUCGCCACAAGCAGGAUAUUUGGAUACUCUGGUCCAACAAAAACUUGAGCUGGCAUCUCGAGAACUUGAACUGAGUACUCCUCCUCCGUUGUCAUCCGACUCCGAGGACGUAGUGUCCGAACUUGGGGAAUAUUUUACUCGCACGGCAACCAUGUGGGCCCAACUUACACAACAGCUAGUGAAAGGGCCACAUAUCGCACAGGCAUCCUAUAAGGCUCACGAACGCUCCAGAAUGGAGAGUCACAUGUCCGAUCUCUCUGAUCUUGUGAAGCUGGACGUCGGAUUAUCAAAACUAAAGCAGAUAAGGGACCUAAGCUUGCGAUUUUCUCGAGACGUUCAGGAAGUCUGGCGACCACAGUCUUCCAUGAUGAAUGGAGGGGAACUAAGCAUCAUGCAAACGUCCAUUUCACCUUUCUGUGACACCAAAAUGCCUUCUGUGCCAGAGGUCAUGUCCAUGUCCAGUGAGCCUGAGUCGACGCACUUUUCAUCUCGCAAACUUUUGCCAGACAAGAGCCAACUGAGCCAUGCCAGUGUUGGCGGUGAUGUAUCGGGAUCAGAUGAGUCGUCUGAUGAUGAUGAGCAGUUCCAGUCCAUAGAUAUGGAAGCACUCAGACAAAGGGGAAAGGGUGUAUAUUUCUGCCCGAAAGGCGCCAAGUGCGACAAGGGCGGGGUGGACAAAGACGGCAAUUUGGUCAUCUUUGACAGAAACUCCUCAUUUGCGUGCGUACCUAUUCCCCCAGAACCAGUUCCGUUACCUGGAGGCAGCACUGCAACAAGCACCGCAAACCGUGGCGAUGUGACGUACCUGGGUGUCCAAAUCCGCCCAAAAAGCGGAGAUUUGCCCGGCGAGAUGGGUUAG